AAUCCGGAUGUUGCGCACGCUUCGGCUUUGCUGCAGCUUCAUAAAAGCCGAGGAGGACGUUUAACCUGAACGUACGGCUGAUGAUAAUAUCUCACUGCUGUUUGUAACGAGUCUGAAGGGUCGUGUGCACAUGGCUCUUGUUUGUUUUAUGAAGAAAAGGCGCAAUAAUACCGCAAACAUCCCCGAUAACGGGCGCCUCCUUACUGUUGUUUCAAUGCCAUUACCUUAAACUGUAGAAUAGGAGCGCACCGCAAAGCAGACGCGACUUCACCGCAGUACAAAAGGAGAAGUGAGCCUGAAACAUAUGUCGAGGACGCCAGGAGUGGGACAGUAGCAGAAAAAAGGAACCGUUGUGUUGUAGGUGAGCUACAGACAGAAAUACAGACACACCAGUAACCAGAGGAGCAAUUAGCAGCGACAGAGUGCGGGUCUCCGCCAGGUCUGUCUGCGGCCAGCAGAGGCAGGAGAGCAGCCUGCAGAGUAGCUGGCUGGAAGAUGAAGCGAGCUGGGCCUCCCGAUGGGGGGUACGGCUGGGUGGUGGUCAUGUCGGCCUUUGUCACCAUGGGCCUCACCGCUGCUGUCCUCAAGAACUUAGGCCUCUUCUUCCUGGACAUCCAGAGACACUUUGGAGUCCCGACCAGCACUACCUCGUGGGUCACCUCCACCACAAUUGCCAUGUUUCACCUCGGAGCUCCAGCGGCCAGUGUGCUGACUUUACUGUUUUCUCAGAGAGCGGUCAUCAUAGUCGGAGGCCUGCUGGCUGCCUCCGGGAUGUUGCUGGCAUCUCUGGACCUCAGUCUGCCCUGGCUCUACCUCACUAUGGGCGUCUUGCAAGGAAUUGGCAUUUCCUUCUCGUGGAUCCCUGCCAACAGCAUGGUUAGCCACUACUUUGUAAAGUGGCGUCCCAUCGCCUAUGCCAUCGCCAGCACAGGAGAAUGCAUCUUCGCCGUCAUAUUCAGCCCCUUCUUCCAGUGGCUGAUUGAGAUGUACAGCUGGCAGGGCGCCUUCCUCAUCAUCGGAGGCCUUCAGCUCAACCUGUGCGUCUGCGGUGCACUCAUGAGACCCCUGGAGACAGACCAGAGCCCGCUACAGGACAGUGUAGAGGACGACGCCGCUCCGCUCCCGCCAAAGAAGAAAGUUCUCUUCCAGUUCUCCCUGAUGAAAAAACCUGAGCUUUUCCUCUACAUCCUGUUCGCCAUCUUCGCAGCAGCAGGGUUUUUCAUCCCACCUCUCUUUCUGGUGCCCUUCGCCAGCAGUUUGGGGAUGGAUAAGUACUGGCCGGCCUUGAUCCUCUCCGUCCUGGCCUUGGCAGACCUGGGGGGGAGGCUGAUCUGUGGGUGGAUAGCCAACAUGAGGCUGUUCAGGAACCUGCAGCUGCUCACCAUGGCGGUCACUCUGCUCGGGGUGGCGCUCCUGCUGCUGCCCAUCAGUCACAACUACUGGGUCAUCCUGGCCUUUGCCUCGCUCUACGGCUUCCUGUUCGGCUGCGUGGUGGCCAUUCACAUCACCUCCAUCGUGGACAUUGUAACCCUGGAGGGAUUUGACAGCGGACUGGGGCUCUUCAUGCUCUUCAGGAGCAUCGGUGGCUUCAUCGGUCCACCUGCCGCAGGCUGGUUGGUGGAUGAGACGAAUGACUACAGCGCUGCCUUCUACCUCUCCGGCCUGUGCCUCAUUUCAUCAGCAGUGUUUGUCGUCCUGGUCGACCGCCUCGUAGAGAGGAGAAAGGCUGCGGAGGCUAAAGGUCUUCAGGCAAUCAGCCAGGAGGACUGGGAAGCAGGAAAAGUCAAGUGAGACUCUGUUACAUAAGAAUUUUUACCUCAAUGAACUUUAGGUGCCACAAGUGUUUGAUCACACGCCAGCUGCUGGGUGGUUUGACCUAGUUUUACUGGUGAUGCAGGUUUAGGUCAUUAACCCUAUCGGCCCCAGCUGGAAGCCAGCAUCCUGUCCUCUGUUUUUAAGCGAGGCUUGCACACAAACCGAUAAGUCAAUUAACUUAUCAACAACCCUGGUCCUUGAAAGCAAAAUGAGCUAUCGUGAUUGUUUGUAACCCCUCCUUGUGUGUUUUUAUUAUGACAAUCAAUCAACAUGUGAGGGUUAGGGGAAGUUUAACAUUUGUUAGACUUGCAGUUUUUGACCUGGGAUUGAAAGGGUGCCGACAGGUUUCGUUUUUUCCCCUCUGUGUCACAACUUUUUUAGCAGAUGUAGAUUCUUUUAUGUUUUUUUUUAAAUACCUAGAGGGUGUUUUGAAAAACAUUUAUGUUUUCAGUUGGCAACCAAUAGAGAACAGUUUUAACAAAUAAACACUGGUGGUAUUUUUAACAUUAUGGACUAAAAACUUAAAAGCACUACAAGGAGUUUUUCACUGGUUGUGAAACAGUCUCGGUUUAAUACUGUUGCCUCCUAUAUGAUCUACAUAAACAAGAGCAUCAGUGAGAACACUGGCUACACUAGCGGAUACGAUGAAAUGAGGCUGUUGCAACACUUCCACUUUUGUCCACAGGGGCCGCCACAAUCAACACAAAAUGUUGUCGCUGAUUAAGAUGAAUGUAAACCAGACAUUAUCCUUUUUAUCUGGGGAAAUAUUAGAAAUGGCCUUCUUUUUGUUCACUCACUGUGGUUUAAAAAGGUGAACAGACAGCCAAAGUGAGCAGACAAUAAUUACAGUGUUAACAGGAUAAGCUGGUAAUAUUAUAUAUUUUAUUGUCGAGUCAGGGCAGGAGGCUCCAAAAGCAAGAUAUGUCUGAAUGUAUUUAAGGAAAAAGCAUAGAUAUUAUUUAACUGUAGGACUCCCCUGUAUUUAAUCAGGGCUGUAAACCAAAUGUGGGUCAGGCCACAGGAGGAGCCGUGCUCUUCAAGGCAACUAUCCAGCUGUAAAUAACUCUGGUGUCUGCAAGUAGUUCAGUAUUGGAUUUCUGUGUUACUGGUACGUUGGCCUGGUUUCUUAAAGGGCUAUUUUGUUGUCACAGUUCUGAUGUUGCUUUUAUGGUGUUCUUCCUGUACAAUAGACUAAAGAUGAAGUCUGAAAAGGUUUGGUAACUUUUGACCACUUAAAACAUGAAUUUUCUUAAUCUUUUUAAAAAGAAAAAUAACUUCUUGUUCCUGAAGUACUGUAAUACCAGUUCUCAUACGCACAACUGACCUCUGCACCUUUUUUAUUUUGUAGUUUAAACUACAGUAUUUUAUGUUUUCAUGUUUUGUCUCAAUACGAGGAAUGGAAUAUUGUUUUUUAAUGUUUGUUUUUAAGCAAAGAUUCCAAGAAUAUACCAGUUCCGGCUUCUCAAAUUUGAAAAUUUAUAUCCAGAUAUUUAUCUUUUAUAAAGAUAUGUCAUCUAAUGUGAGAAUAAAUGUGCUAAAUGUUGAGUUAAACCUGGAAUGAAAGACCUGAUCCACAUCUUGUGAUCCAUUUUGUCAGUAUAAAGAUGAGAUGUGUGAAAUUAGUGUUCCUCUAGUCACCACUGGGUGGCAGUGUUGUCUAACGUGAGAACUUUAAAAAGCACACACUUAAAGACACAUUUUUAAUACAGACAUCUUUUUCUACAGACAAAACAGUUUAGAUUAGAAAAUUCAUUUAAAAUUAAAGACUUCAUCUACGGUCGACAAAUGUCACAACACACAAGACAUUUUCAAAUAAAGAUGCAUAUUAACAAAUCUACAAUAAA